UUUCAAGCGAGCCGCGUCCACGAAAUUGCCGGCCAGCAAGAAAUUCGAGCCACCGCGCAGAUCUACCGCGCACGCGUCGACCGAUCCUCUUUUGACUUCGAACGGCGUCGUGCUCGUUCGUCCGAAUCAUACGCCGACACGUACGGACUCGAUUAACACGUUGUAUUUCGUGGUUCCUACACUCGUGACCGAUCGUGCAACCAUCCACGCGAUCCUAUACGGUGAAAAAAGGAAGAAUAAAAAGAAAGAUAAGCGUUUUCCUCCUCUCGAGUGAAUCCGCGGUGUCGAUGAAGAGGAUCACGUGAUCGCAACCGGUUCGAUGAUGCGACCGAUUGGCUGGACGCUAACGUGCGCGCUGCUCGCUACCACUUUUCCAAAAAGCGCAAUCCUACCGAGCGUCGAGUGUGUUGGUGUCCACACGAGCAACGAACAUGAAGAGUCCGAACGCGCGAAACUCGACGAACUGUCGCGACCGAUUUCCAAGGACGCCGCGCUGGAUCUUCGUGUGCAGCAGCUUCAAGAAUUCUUGCGCGGAAUCUUCGGCAACGAGAGCAACGUUCAAGAGGCAAGGACGAGCAGACAGGCGCGAACGUUCGGUCAUAAACGCAUCCAGUUCAUGCUGAUGCCGAUGAUGUAUAAAAUGGGAGCGAUGAUGACCAUGCUGACUGUGUUAACAGUGAUCUCCCUGAAGGGAUUGCUCAUUGGUGCCAUUUUACUGAUACUCAAACUGAGCACGUUAAUAGCCAAGUUUUCCUCUGGUUGGCAGCACCAUGCACCGACCUGGUCUGGUCAACCGAUCCACGUGCACGUUCACAACAGUCUACCUACGGCUCAUCAGCAAGCCUACAGUGGCUGGAUGCCGCACAGUGGUCCCGAAGACGAGGACCAUUAUUAUUACAAAGGAUAAUUGAGAAUAAUUGAUCCUUAACUGGGACAAGAAACGCCGAUAGAACGAUUUAUGAAUUUAGUUAGCAAAGAAUUUUCCUGCGUACCAAAGGAACUCUCGAAUUAGUAACGAGUACUUUAGAUUCGUUUUUAUUUAAUUCAGUGAUGCUUUACCGCUCGUAGAUCGUAAGUAGGCUUUAGAAAGACAAGACUGACGUCUGACACGUCAUUCCGAAUCCAAAUUGUAAAACCAAAAUUACAAAUGCUUGAGUUUAAGCGACCACCUCAUUUUUACCUCACGUUAGCAGUAACGAUUUAAUUUAUUUGUAAAGCAACCGCUUUCUACCUAUUUACAAGUUAGCAUGUAUCGUUUUAGAAUGUAUUUAUUAAACUUUUCAUCAAUUCUA